GAAGCAUAAACAGGGAAACGUUCUAGGGACGAAGUGCUUACUGUCCUUGCGUUGUGCGACAGACCCUCUUAGUAUUCUGUUUCUGUUCUUUCAGACCGAGCCCGGAAAACCCAGUUCCUUAAUAAUUGAUAAAAAACGACUAUCGAAAAAAAGAUAAAAUUGUUUUGUGGGUUUUGAAACCAUUCAUCUGUGAAACUCACUAUGGCUUCUGAAGCCCUUGCAGCGAGGCAGAAAGUUCAGCAUUUUCUUACUGCUGCUUGUGUAGGGAAUCUUGAUCUUCUUAAAAAUAUAGCUUCACAGCUUGAUGAAGGAAGCGGAAUGUCGAAUACUGUGGCAGAUAUAAAGGAUGCUAAUAAACGAGGGGCACUUCAUUUUGCGGCAAGAGAAGGACAGACUGAGGUUUGCAAGUAUUUGAUUGAGGAAUUGAAGCUUGAUGUUGAUACAAAAGAUGAAGAUGGUGAGACUCCCAUUAUUCAUGCUGCUCGGCAAGGACAUACUGCCACUGCUAAAUAUCUUCUUGAUCAGGGUGCCAAUCCUGUUAUGCCAAGUGAUUUAGGGGCCACAGCCUUGCACCACUCUGCAGGGAUAGGAAAUAAUGAAUUGAUGGAGUAUUUACUUUCUAAGGGUGCUGAGGUUGAUUCACAAAGUGAUGCUGGUACUCCUUUAAUCUGGGCUGCUGGGCAUGGCCAACAGGAUGCUUUGAAAGUGUUGCUGGAGCACCAUGCGAAUCCUAAUGCUGAAACAGAAGAUGGUGCAACUCCAUUAUUAUCAGCUGUAGCAGCUGGUUCAUUAGCAUGCCUAGAGUUGUUGGUUCAGGCUGGUGCAGAUGUGAAUGUUGCUUCUGGAGGAGCAACUCCGCUGCACAUUGCUGCUGAUAUUGGAAGCCCAGAAAUUUUGAACUGUUUGUUGGAAGCUGGAGCUGAUCCUAAUGUCACUGAUGAGGAUGGUCAGAAACCAAUACAGGUUGCAGCUGCAAGAGGUAACCGUGCUGCUGUUGAGAUUCUUUUCCCCUUGACAACAAAAGUUAAGAGCAUCUCUAAGUGGACUGUCGAUGGAAUUCUUGAACACAUGCAGUCUGAAGCUAACAAAGUGGAAGAAACACAGAAAGUAAAGGAAGUUGAUGCUUCAGGGGAUACAGAAACACUUAAAAGAGAUCUGCCUGAGGUGUUACCUGAAGCAAAGGAGAGAGCUGCUGAAGCAAAAUCAAGAGGAGAUGAUGCUUUCAAACGAAACGAAUAUCUUACAGCAGUGAAUGAUUAUGCACAAGCAAUUGAUCUGGAUCCCACAAAUGCUGCUGUGCUUUCGAAUAGAAGCCUGUGUUGGAUUCGAUUGGGGAAACCUGACCAAGCAUUAGCUGAUGCAAAGGCCUGCAGAGAGCUAAAACCUGAUUGGCCAAAAGCUUGGUAUCGGGAAGGCGCAGCUCUGCGCUUGUUGCAGAGGUUUGAUGAAGCAGCAAAUUCCUUUUACGAGGGUGUGAAGCUUGACCCUGAAAAUAAGGAGCUUGUGAAAUCCUUUAGGGAAGCAGUUGAUGCUGGGAGAAAGUUUCAUGGCACAGAUCAGGGAAAACCAUGACGUGUCUAUGGCAAAUACAUCAGUACUGAGAUGAGGGACUGAAAGUUGUCUAUGAAAGCUUUGCUGGUUUUUCUCUUUCCUUCCUAUUCUGGAAGAAGCUGCAAAAUCAAAUUAGUUGUAUUAAAUCCUCGUGGGGGAGAAAGGAAAAGGAGAAGAAAAUGACAUAAAUUUAGUAUGUUGAGUUCUUUUCCCAUUUUGCUAUGAAUCCAUGUGACUUGAUAGGUUUUUUCUUUUA